AUGCAUGCUCAAUCCCUACUCUCGUUUGCCCUCGUGGCUUUUACCUCUUCAACCGUGCUAGCUGACGAAGUGGCCACUCUUUUACUGCCUGAAAUGUAUGGACAAGAUCUUGUUGGAAAGGUCAUUGGAACUGAUGGCCCCCUAACCACAUACGUGAUCAACUGCCACCCAACGCCUGAGAAUCAGGACUUUCAGCAAGUCGGGGAUUGUGACAUCUCAUCGCAAGGCUGGACCGUCACCGGUGGCCCAUCGACCAUUCGUGCCGUGUUUGAUUACUCUUAUUACAACUUGAAGGAGGACUGCUCUCUCAUUUCCUCCACUUCCCUCUCCUGCGCCCUGACUAUGGAAUACGGCUCUUCUACCGAGGUAAACGCCGGUGGUACUGUCGGCCCAGCCAGCAACUUCUACCAAACCGUGACCAUCACCGGCACUGAAUUAGUCUCCGGAUCCGCUUCCGCACAGAAUACUCCCACUGCCACUCAUGCCACUGCCACCCCUACUGACACCGCCACUGGGACCACGUCCGCCACUCCCACUGUUACUGGGUCGGGCAGUGGGCAGCAGAAAGCCGCAGCGAAUACCGAAUCCUCGACGCCAAAGGCUAGCCAGAGUACCAAUGCGGCUCCGGCAAUAGUCACGGGCAAUGCUAAGUGGGCUUUUGGCGGCGCUGCAGCUAUGGCUGUGAUUGCUAUGGCAUAA